GAACCGGAAGAGUGGGCUGCUCCGUCGUGUUGCCGGAACUCUAUAGCCUUCUCCUCCCUCUCUACAGACGCGGAGGUCCCUUUGGCGGCGGUUUGAUUUCCUUCAAGAUGGCGGCGGCGGGCGCGAAUGGGGCCGUUUCUCUUAACCGGGACGGCAGGAAGAAGAGGGCGACGGCGGCGACGCUUCUUCUGCUGCUGCUGUAUCUGUGUGGGGCCACCUGGGCGUCGUCAUCUCUUUCCCCGGAGGACCAGGCCGCGUCGCUCUCCUUGAGCCCAGUGCUAGAGCUACGCGGCUCCAACUGGAGCCUCCUGCUGCAGGGCCACUGGAUGGUGGAAUUCUAUGCCCCUUGGUGCCCUGCCUGCCAGCAGAUGGAAUCAGCAUGGGAAGCAUUUGCGAGAAAUGGCAAAGACCUCGAACUCAAUGUGGGCAAGGUGGAUGUUACACAGGAACCAGGCGUAAGUGGUCGUUUCUUUGUCACUACACUUCCCACUAUCUACCAUGCAAAGGAUGGAAUUUUCCGCAGAUAUCGUGGCUCAAGGUCACUCGAGGAUCUAGAGGGCUAUAUCCUGGAGAAAAAAUGGGAAGCUGUAGAACCUGUGGCAGGAUGGAAGUCCCCAUCAUCUAUACUGAUGCAUGGAAUGGCAGGACUCUUCUAUUUAUCUGGAUGGAUCAGGCAAAUCCACAACUACUUAACAGACACUCUUGGACUUCACAUUUGGGUUUCCUAUGCUGUCUUCAUACUGGGCACUUUAUUGGUUGGUCUUAUCUUGGGCUUGAUACUGGUUUUGCUUUCAGACUGCAUUUUCCCAUCAAAGUCCAAAACAGAAGAUCCUGAUUUGAUGGUUCCCAAUGAGGAUAAAAUAGAAGAGCAACGGGAGCCACUGCAGCGAGCAGCAGGAGAGACAGUUACAGAAAAGGAGUUGCCUGAAGGAGACAACGAGGAAGGUGGGGAAGAAGAGUCUCAAGAGAAUUCAUCAGAUGACUCUGCGGUUGAAGGAUCUCAGUCAGAAGAUGAAUUGGAACAUCAGGAAUCUGACAAAGUAGAGCAAAGCUCUGUAAGGCAACGUAAAAACCAGGUGGAGGCUGCUGAACUAUAGUGCAGUUUGCUGUAUACAUAUUUCUAUGUGGACCAAAGACGCAUCAAGAUUCCCCCCUUUUUUUUGCAGCUGUAUCCAAACACUUGACCUGUAAACUGUUACAGUUUA